AUGUCUGUGUUCACAGAGGCUUCACAGAGAACUACCCUCACUGCUGAAGACCUGGAGAAUGUCUUUGACUCCCUAGAUACCGACCAGAACGGCUACCUCACCCUCGAAGUGUUCUCAUCAGGAUUCAGUCAGUUCCUGCACGGCCGGAGGAUCUCUGUAGCCGAGGACGCAGCAUCCGCCCUCCCCACUUCGAGGAAGCCCUCAGAAGCACUAUACCAGAGCCAAUGGGAUGAGAGGUUGACUGGAGGGUUGGGAGCGAUGAGGAGGAGAGUCACUUCUGUAUGCUGCUGGGAGAGCCUAGGGGCCAGCAACGUGUUCCAGGAUCCAGGCGAGGUGCGCAGCUUGUGGGCCAGCUGAGGAGGGACGAGCCUCACC